CCGCCUUCUUCUGGUUACUAAGAAAUGCUUUGCAGUUUAAAGGAAGUUAUCUGGAGGAUUUUAGAUUUUAAUAGAUUUAAAAUUUAUCAGUUGGUGUCUUACAGUUGUCACAGCGAUAAGACAGUACAUUUCUUACAUUUAGUCAAAGUUAGCCGCGAUUCUAAAUUAUUGAGAUUUGUAUGACCUUCUUGGAGGACAUCAACUAGAAAACAACAGGCAGCCACACCAACUAUGAGACCAUUUGGAACCACAUGGAGCACAUCAGAGUUCUGGUUCUGGUUUUCAGUCAUGUUUGGUACAUUUCCAAGUACACUGUUCCAUGUUGCAGUACAAGUGAAGGAUACUGCAGUUCUCACUUGUAGUGGCACAUGUAAUGGAAUUCUCACGUGGACAUUUAAGACUGAAAAUGAAGAUCUGGAUGUUUUGAAAUGUGUGCAAGAGACAUGCACAGAAGGAGACAGCUUUAAGGACAGAGUGAACCUCGUCCAUGCAAGGAACCAGCCUGGAAACCUGUCUCUAACAAUUGAUUCUGUUCUAUACAAUGAUGAAGGCUGGUAUGUGGUCAGGUGUGAUUCAGUAUUCCUCUGCCGAUUUCGCUUGGAAGCUUUUGUACCCACCACCAUAAACACCACAGUCAGAGGCAAGGCCAAGCUACCCUGCUAUGCACGUACAGAGAAACAGAUUUCUGAUGAAACGGUGAAUAUCCUGUGGAAAAAAGAUGACCAAGUGGUGUUACAAGUUCUGAACGGAAUCAUAAAAUAUGGUCCAAGAUUUACAGACAGGGCAUCGGUUUCACUAAAAGAUUAUAAGGAUGGCGAGCUUUCCCUUACAAUACACAAUGCCAGCAGAUCAGAUGCAGGACUGUACCAAUGCUAUCACAAACCUUCAGAAGAACACGGGCAUCCUGGUGCUGUCACUCUUCAUGUUGCAGCUCUUGAAAUAUCCUGGACAAAAAAGUUUGGUGAAAAUCUCCCUCUUGACCUGUUCAGCUCAGAUGUGACUAUUUCUUUCAUUGGAUCUGAUGAAUCUGAGAAGCAGGUUUGCACUGUGAUGGGAAACAGCACUAAAUGUUCAUCUGACUACAUUAACAGAGUGUCUGUCAUAAAUAACACUCUGGUGCUGAGUGGACUAACAUCCGCUGACAAAGGAAUAUUUACUGUGAAAGACAAGAUUGGUGAAGUCAUUGCUGUCCAUACUGUCAUUGUGGAGGUUGCAGACUACCGCUAUUUCCACGUUUGUCUGUUAGUAGUGGCUUGUUUAAUUCUCAGUUGCAUUGGUCUGUUCCUGUAUAAAUUUCAUCAAACAUCUCCAGUGAUAGAUGAUCAUAAUCUAGGAGAGUCUACUGUGAAUAUGGAUGAUCUGAGACAGCCUGCAUACAUCAGAGUGUCAGAGCAAGAGACCAGCCCACAAGUUUCACAAUGUGAAGUUCGUCCUCACACACCUGUAGAGGAAACCUUGAUUGAGCCUGAGAUGUCUAUUAAGAAUCUGAACAACACUGAAGAAGAGGAUUCUAUUGGCCAAAUAGACACUGGAAUGAGCGAUUUGCCUAAGUUAUCAGUCACAGAGUGUCCUGACUAACUCCCCUGUGAAACAUUUCAUUACCUAAUACAAAUAGUGUUAACUAUUUUUUUUUUUUUUUGCCAAAAUAAUAUUACUUUGGUAAUAUGUUUGCAAAUGAUUGACCUAUCAGGGUCUCUUGAGGGAUCAUGUUUGGUUUAGGUUGAGAAUUUGUCUUUGCCUUAGGUGCUGUUGUUUUGUGGCCAAACUGAACUGACAUUGUUUUAAUUCACUAGAACUUUUUUACUAGGAUUUUUUAAGCUGAUUUGGCACAAUCGACAUUGUAAAAGAGCUAUAGAAAUGAACAUGAAUUUAAUUUAAUUGAAUAUUGUGAAACAUUUUAACAUAUCAGGCAGAAUGCCAAGUGGUGGAGGAAUGCUGGCAUAGUUCUAGCUAGAUUAAAACUGAUUUACUUCAGUUUGCAAGAUCUGGCAACAUAUAUGACUUGAACACAUCAUUAACAUGUGCUUGUUCAAUGGAAUUCUGAUACAUUCUGUUGUCACUAUUUUAGUUUUUCGGGAGAUGGAGAAUUUUUGCAGUUUGGGGCUUGUUAUUUGGGCUUGAGGUGUGGAUAGUGAUGUAUUGGUCAUGGUCAUAUUUUGAUUUCAAUUUGUUUGGUUGAUUCAUGGGUGAUGCAGUGGCGAAGUAGGUAGUGCUGUCGCCUCACAGCAAGAAGGUCACUGGUUCGAGCCUUGGCUGGGUGAGUUGGCGUUUCUGUGUGGAGUUUGCAUGUUCUCCCUG